CAAGGAUACAUUUGAGCGCAUGACGGAUGUCCAGAGCGCCGUGCAGGCAUUGCAGGAGCUUGAGGUGUUUCGGCAGAAGGUUGGCGAGUUUGGCAGUGAAAUGGCAAUGAGAAUGGCGAUGGAUCCAAAGACAUCCCCAUCGUCCUGGUGGAUGAUGUUCGGAUCAAGCACUCCAAAGCUGCAGUAUCUUGCCAUGCGGUUUGUUUCACAAUGUUGUUCGUCCAGUGGAUGCGAGCGCAACUGGAGUACUUUUGCCUUGAUGCAUAUAAAAGUUCGCAAUCGAUUGUCGCACAAGAAACUUAACAAGCUGGUCUAUGUCAACUACAACCUUCGUCAGCGACUAGAGGAGGUCUCCGGCCCACCGAUACGUGAAGAAGGUGAUUUUAUCGACCAGCUGGCCCAUCUUUCAUUUUAUGAUGAGAAUAAUCCGGUGCGGGAAUGGAUGGAAUAUGGUCGAUCUAACCGCGCUCCAGUUCUGGACGAGGAUGAUGAUGACGGAGACGUCCCUCUCCCGUCUCAUAUUGUCAGGGAUCAAAUAAACCUCUCAGAUUUACGUGACACUACGGGGGAUGCUUGCAUCAGCGAUUGGGCACGUAGACAUGUGGGUGACACUCACCUAGGGAAGAGGAAAUUCCAGAGGGGGCAUACGAAGGGUGACUCGAAGCGUCAAAAACAAAAAGAAAAAGCAACAGCAAAAUAAGUGAACAGCGACACGUCCACAGAUGAUGGCGAUGGUGAGCGUAGUCCACCGUAUCAAGAGACUGGGGAUAGCAGCUCCGCUGGUGAUGGUGACGGUAG